AUGCGCCGGUGCUGCGGCUUGCUCGCCUCGUCGAAAGGUCGCACGCGGGCGAUUCGAAGCCCAGUGGUUGAGGCCCUUUUGGCCGCGAAAUGCAGCAACAAGCAACUGGAGGAGAUGUUGGAGCCGCAUCUGCAGGAGUGGCAGCAAAAUCCCGCUGCGGCCACGAUUGUGCUGCAAGAGCUGAACACGUGCAAGCGCCCGGAUGUGCUGCGACAGGUGGUGGCGGUGCUUCGCAAAGGCCGUCGAGUUGCACUUGGCCCUGCAGAGUACUCUUUGGGAAUAACUGCCAGUCUCAGAGCCAAGCAGUGGGAAGAGGUUCUGAGUCUCUUCGAGGACAUGAGCCAGGAGGAAGAUCUAGCCCCGGACGUCGUCGCCUAUAGCGCCGCCAUCUCUGCGAGCGCGGCGUCGCGGCGGUGGAAGAAAGCCUUCAGUCUUUUCCACUCCAUGUGGAAGGCCAAGAUGUCCCCGGACGCGAGUAGCUACAAUGCUACCAUGACCUCCUGCGAGCGAGGAAGGCAGUGGCAGAUGGCGCUGCAUCUCUUCUCCUCGAUGUCUGAAAGCACCCUUGUCCCCAACAUGGUGAGCUACAGUGCGGGCAUCAGCUGUUUUGGUAAAGUCAGCCACUGGAAGCUGGCUCUGCAUUUUUUCCAGUCCUUGCUGUCCCUUCAGCUUCUACCCAACUCCAUCACCUGCAACUCCACCAUCAGUGCGUGUGGGAAGGCCUCGAGGUGGCAAGCAGCUUGGCAGCUGUUUCACGCCAUGAAAACCUACCAACUCCUUCCCAACGUCGUCAGCUACAAUGCAACCAUCAAUUCUUGCGACAGGGGCGGGCAAGGCAAGUUGGCAUGGUCGCUUUUCACUGGCAUGCCUGAAGCAGAGGUUACUCCAAAUACUGUCAGCUACAACACACUCAUCGCGUCCUGCGAAAAAGAAGCACAGUGGCAGUUGGCGCUGCAUCUUUUUGCAUCGAUGCCCGAGGUAAAGCUGGUGCCGGAUGCAAUAAGUUUCAAUGGCGUCCUCGGUUGCUUCGAGAAAGGAGGGCUUUGGCAGCUGGCUUGGGUGCUGUUUGAGUCCAUGCUGGCUUCCAAGCAGAAUGCGAGUAUUUCCAGUUACAAUGCAAUUCUCAACGGGUACAAGAGAAGCUCACACUGGCAGCACGCAGUGCAUGUGCUACACACCAUGCCCCAUGCCAAAAUCUUGCCGAAUUCGAGAAGCUACGUCGCGGCAAUCGGAUCGCUAGAGUCGAUUGGUCACUGGCAGUUGGCUUUGCAGCUUCUGCUCAGCAUGCCGUCCAUGCAUCUUCUUCCUGAUCUCAUCAGCUGCAACGCCACGAUCAGCUCCUUUGAGAGGAAGGGGCGGUGGAGGAUGGCUUUGUACCUUCUGGCUGGCAUGCCUCAGCUGGAUCUCGUCCCGGAUGUCAUCAGCUACAGUGCCACAAUCAGCGCUUGCGAGAAGGGCGGGCGGUGGCAAGUGGCUUUACAAUUAUUCAACUCCCUCCUCAAAGCUCAGCUAGCACCAGAUGCCAUCAGCUACAAUGCCACGAUCACUUGCUGCGCAAGGGGUGGUCAGUGGCAGUUGGCCCUGAACUUGUUUGAAUCCAUGCACGAAGCCGCGCUUGCUCCGGACGUGGUGAGUUACAAUGCCACGAUGUUCGCUUGUGCCGGCCGUUCCCAGUGGGAGCUGGCUCUGCAGCUCUUUGCAUCCAUGUCCUAG